GGCAGCUGGUGACUGCAUUGGUGACUUCUAGUUCGGCCCAGCAGACCCUUGCAGAGCGCGGACGACACGAAGCAACGAAGCGAGAGGUGUAGUUUUGGCGUCUGUGCACGCAAACCUGCGUGGGAUUACAGGAUGUUAGAUUUUGCCAUAUUCGCAGUCUGCUUCGUCGUGUUUCUCUUGGCACUUGUGCUGUACCUUUACCCAAGUUCCGCAAAACAAACGACCAUUCCUGGACUUGAGCCGUCGGAUAAAAAGGAAGGCAAUGUUGGCGACAUCGUCCAAGCUGGAGGGCUUCAGAAUUUUCUCAUCUCCUUGCACAAAGAACAUGGACCUAUUGCAUCUUUCUGGAUCGGCACGAAACUGGUUGUCAGCAUCGGCAAAGCAGAAUUGUUCAAGACACAGUCACAUGUUUUUGACAAACCAGCUGAAUUGUUUGUGCUGUACCGUGAUGUGAUGGGUACAGGCAGCAUCUUCUUUACAAAUGGAGCAGAGGCACGGAAAAGGCGCAGGCUUAUUGACGAAGUGUUGACAGGAAAAUCGCUUGACAAGUUCCUAGGACCAAUAGAGAAGCUGUGCAGUGAAGCGGUAAUGCGCUUGCGUGAUACCCCAGAAGAUGAACACGUACCACUGUACCAGUACAUGUAUGCCCUCUGCAUGAAGAUCUCAACCCGCCUGCUGUUUGGAGAGUACUUCUUCAAUGAUAUGGAAGUGCUCAAAUUUAGCAGGCAUUUCGAGCUGUGCAUAAAAGAACUGGAAGAGAUCGCCAGUGGCAUGGUGCCAGAUUCAAACAGUCCUAGGACAAAGAAGUACGAAGAAGCCACAAAGGAGAUGAGAGCCCUGCUUGUGAAGGCAUUGCAGAAGUGCAAGGCGGGAGGUGACAAGUCGCUCCUGGCAAAUGUGUUGAAUAAUGCCUCUGUACCUGAGGAGCAGGCUGUGGAUGACUGCGUCACAUUUGCCGUCAAGGGUUACUCUCUCGUUUCUGCCAUGACCUGGAUGCUGUACUUUCUUGCCACACAUCCCGAGCUUCAGGACACUAUUGCACAGGAGGUAGAAGAGACCAUUGAUAAAGCCAAAGUGGUGUCCUGUCAAGAUAUCUUGAGUAUGAAGUCACUGCAAAACACCAUCAAGGAAACGCUGCGUACUGCAACUGUUGAGCCAUGGGCAGCACGCUGUCAAGAUGUGGACAUUGACAUUGCUGGGCACAUCAUUCCUAAGAAGACGCCAGUUAUUCAAGCUUUAGGAGUAGUUCUGCAUGAACAAGAAAACUGGAAGGCGCCGCAAAGGUUUGAUGCUUCUCGGUUCGAGGAUGCUCCACAGGACCAGCUGGCCUACUGCCCAUUUGGCUUUGCCGGCAAACGACAGUGCCCAGGCCAGGACCUGAGCGUUCUAGUGAUGGCCGUCUUCUUGGCCACACUGUGCCCAGUGCUGACACUGGUCUCCGUCCCAGACCAAGUUGUCACUCCCACAUCGGCACUGAUAACUCGGCCACAGGACGAGGUCUGGGUCACCCUCAAGAAGAGAUAGUCUGGAUUGCCUUCAAGAAAAGACAGCCUACCUUGGCCUAUGCAGUUGCAGUCAACUGAAAGAACAGACUGUGGGUGCCGCCCUGGCCUGGAAAAACAUUCGCUUUGGGCCGCGAUGUGAAGCAAGAAGCACUGGCAAGCAACGGAUGGUGUGGCAGAUGUGAUUGUGGUGGUAGUGGUAGCAUAAAUGUUCAAUUUUGAUAUUACAAAAAAAAAAAGACCCUUGCCCAGUGCUGUUCUUUUGUGCCUGAAAGGGUUAGGAAAAGGUACAAGUACUGUAUCAUAAAUUUGGAACUGAAAGAGAAGAAACAAAGGACUAGACUCUACGGUGCAAGUUCUUGUGGAGAGCUCUCCUCGAUCUUUUGCACCCCUGACGAGGGAACUUGCAUUGACACAACCAUGACUUGCUCCAUAGUGACAUGCACAUUGUGAGCACUUAAUGGUUUGGCUUUUAGUCUGCGCUCUGAAAUUUCAGGGCCGACAGCAGCGUGGGUCAUUUACAAGUCAAUAAUGUCGUGAAUGCUGACUUGCACUGCUGCAAUUUAUGUGUGAUGCAGACUGUCGUCCAUGCUAUAGAUGUCAUUGGAAGGAUGUGUAUUUCUGGGAAGCAGUGUUCAGUGCUUUUGUUCAGCUUGCAGGCACAUUCCUAGGUUCAAGCUAGGAUCACUGAUGUGUUGGUGUGGAUUACGUGUUGUUUGCCUCCAGUUCCUUCAGGAGCCGUUUUGUGUGGACUGCCUAAGCAAUGGUCAAGAUGCAUAAAACAUAUGAUAGGCAGUUUUUGUGCAGUUUCCAAUUUUUUUGCAAGCAGUUUUCUUUAUGCAUUGCUCACAUGUAAUUUUUCUGCCCUCUUGUUUGCCAUGCCUAUGCACUUAUGCACAACUUUAGGAACAGGGCGACUGUUGGGAAAUUUUUAUUGUACAGGUUUGCUGGACACAAAUUAUGCCUUUUGACAAAUGCUCUAGCAAGAGUGCCCCUAGAUCCUAAAAUAUUAGCGAGUAGUUUGAGCUAUAUAAUCUGUGAUUAAAUUUAGGGCAGUGCUUUUUAUUCAUGACUGCUGGUGUUUGUGUUAGCUCAAGUUUGUUAUAGCAGACAAUGCACUAAGUCUGAUAACAUUUUAAUGUGAUAUCGCAAGCAAAUCGCAAGAAACAAGGACAGAAGGAGGGUAUAACGCAUGCACUUGUGUUGUACCGUCCUUCUGUCCUUGUUUCUUAUGCUUCACUUGCAGUAUGUUGCAUCAACAAGGCCGAGUUUCUACCCUUCUCAAAUUAUAAUGUGAAUAUAAAAAUGUGUAUUGAUCAGCUUGCAUAUUCUUAAGUGGAAACAUUUGUUUAAAAAUGUGCCAAGAUCUGAUGCACGAGACACUGCAGGUCUAACUGCUGCUAGAAACCAUAGGUGUCUGAGAUGAUCGUAGGUCAUAGUUACUUAAGCCGUAAUAACUUUCCUACAGAUUGCGCACAGGUGAUGGGGGUAUCACCGCAAGGUUUUUUUUAUUUAUUUAUGGUUACUUUGGUUGUCUUAUAAUAAAAUUGUCAUUUUAGCAAUCUA